AAUUUCUCCUCGUGGGGUGGAGGGUCAAUCAUUUUAUACAAGAAGCACUCAUUAUCAGAUACAUUCUAAUUCAUAUUUGUCUUCCAUUCCUAUAAAACUACACUCGGCCGAACGCCACAUUCAGAAUUCACCAACCCACGGAAGCAAAAAAAAUAUGAGAACAAUGGAACUCAGAGAAGCAGAGAUAAUCAGAGACAAGGAUGAGAUGAGGAGAUGGUCGAGGCGGAUGAGAUCCCAAGGAAAGACCAUAGGCUUGGUACCCACGAUGGGGUACCUCCACCAAGGCCAUAUCUCCCUCAUCAAAGAAGCCCACAAACACACCGACCUCAUUGUUGUCUCAAUCUAUGUGAACCCAGGUCAGUUCGCCCCCUCUGAGGACCUCUCCACAUACCCAUCUGAUUUUCAUGGCGAUUUGCAGAAGCUCAUGGCCGUUCCUGGCGGAGUUGAUGCCGUUUUCCACCCCCACAAUUUGUACGAUUAUGGGAGUGUUGGUGGUGGUGGGCGUUCUGGGGAUUGUGAUGUGAGAGAAGAAGGAAAAGGGGUGAUUUCUUGUUUGGAAGAGAGGGGUUUUGGCCAUGAGACAUGGGUAAGGGUAGAGAGGUUGGAAAAGAGUAUGUGUGGGAAGAGUAGGCCUGUGUUCUUUCGAGGGGUUGCCACAAUUGUUUCCAAGUUGUUCAAUAUUGUAGAGCCUGAUGUUGCGGUGUUUGGGAAGAAGGAUUACCAGCAAUGGCGAAUUAUAAGCCGAAUGGUUCGAGAUCUUGAUUUUGCCAUAAAAGUAAUAGGCUCAGAAAUAGUGCGUGAUGCUGAUGGGCUCGCAAUGAGUUCCCGCAAUGUUCACUUAUCACCUGAAGAAAGAGAAAAGGCAUUGUCCAUAAAUAGGUCACUGUCAAGAGCUAAAUUUGCUGCAGAAAAGGGUCAAACUAAUUGCAGAGAGUUAAGGGAUUUGGUCAUUCAAGCAAUAGAAGAAGCGGGUGGAAGAAUUGAUUAUGCUGAGAUUGUAGAGCAAGAGAGUUUGGAAGCGGUAGAAGAGAUCAGGAAUCCUGUUGUCUUUUGUGUUGCUGCUCGGUUUGGAAAGGUCAGGCUCCUUGACAACAUGGAAAUCAAUGCAUGAAAGCUGUUGAUCUCUGGCUUUUCAUUAGGUUAUUCUUCCCUGCUUGCAGAGUCUCAUGCAGUCAUAUUGAGGUUGUAGGUGAUGAGGUCUCACUCAUCACUGACCAUUUCGAACCCAUUUUUGUAUGUUAUUUCUGGUCAGAUGUGUAACUCAAUAAUUUAAUUCUACGACAUUACGAUUUGAAAUGAGAAUCUAUUUUUCCAAUA